CGUGUUCACUACAUAGGGCCCUAGGCGUGGAUUUGAGACACAGCCUUCCCCACAGUGCACUGUAAGCAUGGCCGACAGCUCACGAGCUCAGAAACUGGACCUGGUUUUCCAGCAUAUAAGAAACGUUCCUGAUUUUCCUGUCAAAGGCAUCGUGUUCAAGGAUAUUUGCCCUAUAUUGAAGGAGCCCAAAGCUCUGAGUGCAGUUAUUGAUCUGUUUGAGGAACAUGUCAGGAAAAAUCACCCACACACUGAACUCAUUGUAGGUGUGGAUGCUCGUGGCUUUCUGUUCGGUCCUCUUUUGGCCCAGAGAUUAGGAAUCGGCUUCGUCUUGGUCAGGAAGAAAGGGAAACUUCCAGGUCCCACAGUCUCUGUAACGUACGCGCUUGAGUAUGCCACGGCUGAGGCGGAGAUUCAGGUUGACGCUGUGCAAGCAGGACAGAACGUUCUCAUCAUCGACGACCUGCUGGCUACUGGAGGUACCCUGCAGGCAGCGUGUGAGCUGUUGAAGAAGCAGAAGGCUCAGGUGCUCGGCUGCUUGGUGGUGAUCGAGCUGAAGGACCUCGGCGGAGCGGAAAAACUCCCCGUCCCCGUCUUUUCCUUGUUACAGUGCUGAAAACACGUUCACGUCUGCACCAAGAAGCACAAAGCAUUCCACAUUUACACCAGGCAAUAAGUACACAUGCAUCAGAUUCUUUUGAAUCUUUUAGGUGUCUUUAAUUUGAAGAAAAAUGGAGUGGGUUUAAGUAAUUAUCAGUUAAUUGCAGCAAACGGGAAGGUCGCUGGAUGCAGCUAUGCAAUUACUCUUGAAUCUUACAUCAAGACAAUACAUCUGAAUAGGAAAUCGUGUCAAGUAUUAAUUAAUCGACUUUAAUUAUUGCACUGAUUCUGCUUUUAUUUAUGUCUGUUGUUCAUUAAUAAUGUGCCAUUAUUAUGUUUACAGUUUUUUUAAUUAAUGAGUUUCCACAUUACCCACAUCCGGCCUCAUUUAUUCGCCUUUUAAACGUAAUCGUUCAGUAGGUAAAGGUGUAACUGUGUCGACUCUAAAACAAAACAAAUUCUUCAGAAAGGUUGAUUUUCUUUUCCCGAUCCGGACUUAUUCACAUUUCAUGACACCCACAAGAAGUGCACAGAGCACAAAAUGAGAUGACGAAGACAUGAUUUGGACUCUCUUCUUUUAAGUCAGUAAAAUUAUUUAAUAAAUUAACAUUGCAUAUUAUUAUUAAACUCCAAAUCAUCUGUUUUUGAUUAAUGGGAUGCACAGACACACUGGUCUCUCCAACUGCCAUUUCUUUUAUCAUCAUAUUUUAUUUUUUGUCUUAAUUUACACUUAUGUUUUAGCUUGCUUUCUUUUAUUCUAAUGUUAAUACCAUCAUAGAAUGGUUUUUACUAAAUGAUCCCGUUGGUACUUUUAAUCCCAGACCUAAUAUACUAGCAGGAGGAUGGAUUUCCUGAUCAAAACCUAAAGCACUUCUAUAAAUCUCUGGAUAAGUACAAUCUAAAUUCUGCAAACAAUUAAAUAAUUUAAUCUUGACAUUAUGAUCCAUUUAUAAAAGUGCAGAAAUCCAUGUAGAUGCGAAAACAUUUAACUUCGUGCCUUUUGUGAGAUUUUCUUUCCUCCUCAUGCUACCCUCUCUAUCCAGCUGUGGUUUCUAUGGAAACUGUUCAUUGAUGCAGGAAAAACAUUUUACAACAUUGUGCCUGAAAUGCCAGUUAAUUGCCAUCAUGCUAAAUAUCAGUAGAGCUGUAGUUACUUGCGAUUUUCCCCCGGUAAAUAAUCAGGGUUGAGGUUUCCUUUAAUGACCGUAAGUGUGGACUGAAACAGAUAAGCAGCACAUAUUGUGCACUUGAAGAUCAUGGACUUCUACAGAAACUGCUGUAUAUAAGCAAAUGAAUGUUUGAGUAACUCAAAUGAUCGAUUAUGUGUUAUUGAUUAAAAAGACUGAAUUCAAAGUA